AUGCCUCACACCAAGCCAAAGUUGGGGAAGCUCACCACUCCCGUCACCGCUACCUUUCCCUCCGAGAUCACUUCGGCAACUCCUAUCUCGGCUGUUUCGUUCACCUUCAAGCCUGACCCGGAUUUUCUCAAGACGCCCAUAAGCCCACCCAUGGCCUACACUGAUUUCCUCACCAAGGCCAUGGCCCUCAACUCUCCUGCUACGAGCUCUGGCUUGACAACCCCAGACUCUCUCCCGGAUACGGCAACUAGUGAGGAAACCGACACCUCUUGCAAGCGCGAAGCUAGUCCUCCAUCAUCAGCUUCAAGCAUCACCUCCAAGGCUUCGGGCCGUCCAACUCCUCCAGCGACGGCCCCCAUGGUGCCUCCUAGUCCCUUCACCUGCGCUGCCCCUAUGUCUGCACCCCCUACUGGCCCAGCUUGCUUCCCAAGCCUCAAGGUGCCUCCCAGUCCAAGUGUGUCGUAUAUCGACUCCCCAAUGAGUGCAAGCACUGCUCGAUCACCUUUUAGUGCCAGACCAGUCCAUUCAUCAGUGUUUGACUGGGACGCGGCUCUGAAGGCUCGCUUACUAGAGAAGAAGAAGCAAAAGACUUCACGGACCAGCGUACGACACAUUCGAGAAGUGGUGACGAGAACAGUCACAUACACUCCUAGGAUGGCACCUGCACCAAAGGGCAAGAGGCGCAAGGUUGAAUAG